AUGGACGACAAUCAAUACCUCACAACCUAUGAAGCCGCAUUGGCUGUUGUGGCUACAGGAAUGAAGAAAUCACGACUAAAGCCCGACACUUUACUUAUCAAUGCCAUCGUUGGUGCCAUACUUUUUUCAACAGGAGGAAUGCUAAACCUUGUUGUUCACUCGAUGUUUCCUGAAAUUACCAAUAAUAAUCCUGGUCUACUACGAUUUCUAUCCGGGUCGUUUUAUCCAAUAGGGCUACUUUAUGUGGUGGUGAUGGGAGCAGAAUUAUUCAAUGCAAACGUACUUUUCUUCACAGUUGCUUUAUGUCGACAAGGAGUUUCAAUAUUGGACUUGUUGAUAAACUGGUUCAUUACUUGGUGGUUCAAUCUUGUUGGUAACAUCUUUGUCGGAUACAUCAUUACUCAUUAUUCGAAAUCAGCGUCUAGUGAAGCAUUUGUUGCUGGAUCGCAUGAACUUCUUGACUCAAAAAUGGAAUUCUCAUUUGUUCAAAACAUGAUCAAGGGUAUUGGGGGGAACUUUUUCGUAAGCUUGGCGAUAUACCUACAAAUCAUGGCCAAGCCACUACAUGUGAAAUUCAUUAUGCUUUAUCUCCCCAUAUUCACGUUUAUUUCAUUGGACUUUACGCACUGUGUGGCAGACAUGUACAUAGUGAUCAUUGGUAAGAUAAAUCAUUCAUCGGCAAGCUGGGGGGAAAUAUGUUGGAAACUUUUGUUGCCUGGAACAAUUGGGAACAUUAUUGGAGGUGCAUUCUUUGGCAUAGUAAUUUGCUGGUACAUGCAUAUCUACGUGGUCGAAAGAGAUAAGAAGGAGUUGAACUUGCCACAGUAUGAAUUUAGAGAUCAACAGCCCGAGUUGAACCAAGAUUCAAGAGUUGUACGGCAAAAAGAUCCCGUCUUUCACGACGAUGUUGAAGUUGAAAACGGCACCGAAAAGAAACCUUCGAUUACAAACUCUGGUGGCAGCACUGAAACGGAACUGGUAGAAUCGCAAUCCAAUCUUACGCCAAGACCGUACCUUGAAUCCCACCCAUCGGCAACAUCAAGACUAAGCAGACGAAGGACCUCGUUAGCUUCCAUUCGUUCGCCAAAAAAUGUUUUCCCCGUUUACGGUAUGGAUGAGCCUUUGACUAGAGAACGCACGAUUGCUGGCGACCAUGCACAUGAAGAUGAGGUUCCUGACGAAGUGGACGAUGAAGAUGACGAAAAUGCCAAUGAGGCACGGUCGAUAGGGUCGCAGUUGCUUCGCAUAUUUACGACGCGUUCGAGAAAGGACGCCACUGAAUGCUAG